AUGUCCCUUGAGACAAGUCGUAGCAGGGCCGUCUUCGUCGGGGUAUCUGCUGCCUGGGUGCUCGCCACCGUUGUCGUCUGUGCCCGUCUCAUCCGGGCAUUCGGAUUCAUCAAGCGCCGUUCGUUGGAAGACUGCAUAAUCCUCUUAGCAUGGAUACUCGCAUUUGGGGUGAAUUUUGCAGUCGACUUCGGAACCUUUAAAGGUCUCGGGUACCAUCAAGAGCUCAUCACCACCGAAUGGGCUUCACAGCUGGUGAAGUCAGAGUACGUUGCACUAAUUCUCUUUAACCCUGCCUUGAUGGCCACAGAGAGUGCUAUCCUCCUCCUCUAUAUUAACAUCUCGAGAGGCCAGAAGUUCCUACGUGUGGGCUCCUGGAUAACACUGGUUCUAGCCAAUGUCCGCGGAGUCUUAAUAACAUUUUUGACCGCUUUCCAGUGUAGUCCGGUGGUGGCUGCAUUUGACCCUUCGAUCGAAGACGCAACCUGCUUCUCAAUAGAGAAGAUCUAUAUAGCUUCAGCACCAGUCAAUAUCGCAAUCGAUCUCGCCAUCCUUGUCCUGCCGAUCCCGGCGCUGACAAGCCUGUCUCUGCCGCUGGUGCGAAAGGCAAUAGUCAUCCUGGCUUUCAUUCUUGGGGUUAUAUUUAUCACGGUAAUCGACGUCGCGCGGAUCUAUUACUUGCAGCUGGCAGCCACCAAUCUUAGCCAAAUACAGAGUACCAAACUGGCCACAAACCGGGAGUUCUCCUAUAAUGCGAGCAUGGCUCUGCUAUGGUCCGCCGCCCACAUCAAUGUCGGCAUAGUCGGUGCAUGCAUGCCCACUCUGGGGCCCUUAUUUGCCCUCCUAGCGCGGAACGCGUUGUUGAAGAUCUGGGAGACCCGCAGAUUCGUCCAACGUUCGUCGUCGACGGUGGAGCUCCCACAGCUACAGAACCCGCGUCAGGCGAGUCCUUCAAUACCUGGCACAGCUACCCCUGCACAGUUACAGUUAAGAGCCUCGACGCAGCCAGCUGCCGAACCGUGCACAGAGGAUCUACAGCCCUCAUGCAAUGGGGAAGUCGCUAUGAAUUUUGGGUCUAUACCGCCGGGCUUGUCAGAUUUCGGGUUCGUUAAUCUGCGUGAGCCAGAAUGCAUACUUGAUAUGCGCAGCUUUAAAUCCACAAAGUACUGCUUCUUUGUUUGCAUCCUUCUUUUCUUGGUUGUCUUUCUCGAAGUGCUGCUUUUUUCGGUUGCCGGCUUAGCCCCGGUGGUGCGCAACCGGAUUCAGACAAUUGGCAUCACAUCAGCCACGUACGGGGGAAUUGCUCUUGCACCUACCCUAGGUUACCGUAUCGUGUGUGAUGUAGGAUUUAAAGCUACGUUCCUCACGUCUUUGGGUCUUUGCUGCGUUGGGACAUUGAUGUUUUGGCCUUCUGCUGCACUGCUUUGCUAUCCGUCCUAUCUUGUCUCCACUGCUAUUGUUGGGAUGGCGGCAGGCUUACUGGACUUGACGGCUAACACUUUCCUUGUGCUCUGCGGACCACCGUGUUACGCUGAAGUUCGAGUGUUGUUUGGUCAAGGUGUGGAAGCAAUCGCUGGGACCAUAGGCAAUGUGCUCAGUGAGAAGGUUAUUUUUCAGAAUAUAGGCAGCGACCAAAGCUUGAUCGCUGUCCAAUGGACCUACCUAGCCAUUUCUGUUUUCGUUGUCUUACUUGGCAUUUUCUAUUACUACCUCCCUCUGCCCGAAGUAACCGAUUCGCAGCUGCGAGCUUGGCAUGCAACACUUCCGCUGGAUGAUACACGACGCUUCUUUGGCAGAAUUCCUUCCAUCGUCGCUACGACGGCUAUAGCUACUCUGUCAGUGACAUGUGCAACCGGGGCAGUGGUCUGUCUCCGCGGAAAUGUCGAUUAUCUCUUAUCUAGCAUUUCUGGCAGCACUGGUACAUCUCCAGUUCUUAAGACUGCCAACUUUCAAAUAGUUGUUACGGCUAUCGAUGCUGUCGGGUUGUUCUUUGCGGCCUUGCUAUGUCUGUUCAUACCACCGCGCGUUGUCCUGCUUGCAGACUAUGUGUGCGCUAUUGUAUGCUCUGCGCUUAUUGUGACGUUCAACUGGCCUUCCGCAGGUUCGCUCCAGGCAAUGACAUUUGCUUUAUCGCUAUUCCUGUGGCCGCUUCCAAACUUCGUAGUGGCCAUAGCGUUACGUGGUAUUGGCAAGUGGACCAAACGCUCCGCCUGUCUCAUCUAUGUCGGAGUUGGCCUUGGAGGAUGUAUCUUCCCCUUCGUCAUGUGGGCGGCUACACAGUCACACUUCGUCCAAUACUCAUUUAGUGUCAUUGUCGCGCUCUUCUCUACCGGGACUCUCUUUCCGGUCUACCUCGUCUUGGUUCCUGACACGCAAGUUCCGUGGAGAGCGCCAUGUUGGAGAGCCUUGUGA